UCAUGCUAUAUAGGAAAAACCUCGCGUAAAUAUAAAAGUUUAUAUAAAAACUUGAAAAGGUUUUGUGUCAAAUUUAUUGAGAAACGUAGUGAAUCAAUAUUCUGACAUGCUUUUUUGUUACUUGAUAACUUUUGACUGAAAUUAUAGAUAAUCAACAACCUUCACGAGAUUACUUUUAUCAGCUUCAGUUAUCGACGGAUAUGCUUGUUAAAGGAAGCUUGAGUUUGUUUGGGGUAAGAUCAAAGCGUACCAUUCCCAUGGCGACCGGCAAAGAGGUAACACGUCUGCUAUAUGUUAUAGCAUCACUUACACUGGUUUGUAAUGGAGUGGCCAGGAAUAUAGACUUAAGUCACACUAUGAAAGAUAUCCCCGGUUGCCAAUGUGAUAACAGAAACAUAGAUUUCAAUGUAACCGUCCUGGACAAAGUUAUGAUCGGCUGCCGGAAAUGUUACCUGUUCACGUACGAUUUCAAGGAAAGACAAGACUGGGCUGCUAACCUUUGUGUUAAAAGCCCGAAGGCUUCUGUACACAAUCCUCUACUUGUGGUUGUCAGAGAAAGCUUGAGCGUCAUGGCUUUCCAAGUGCCUCUAGUAUUUGCCAAUGUCAGCCCAUUUACAGAUGUUUGCCACACACUGUGUCCUCUGGCCAAUUAUUUCGAUUCCAAACUCAAACCAGGAAUUCAAAAUAUUUCAAUCGAAGUUUCGACCAGCAGUGAUGUGUGGGUCGAUUAUCAAUUAGAACUGGCUACUGUCAACGAUUUCGUCAUGGUUAAGGAAACUCCUAUAGCGGUCAAUAUUACACCAUCUAAGCCUCGUGUUCUGCAGUACGAUAUGGAAAAAGAUCUGCGAGCUGUAAGGAUAGAAGCGACGUCUAAAGAUGAAAGUUGUAUGAUUCUUGCAAUACAAGACGUUCAAUGUCCUCUGUAUGAUUCGGUUAGGACUGUUGAACAAGGUGGAUACUACCAGACUCUUACUCGGCAGUCUGGCAUUGCUAUUACGAAAAGAACAUUCCCAGGAGGGCGCCAGUAUGUGGUACUGAUCUUAAAACCGACUUCUUCAAGCUGUACAGAGUCCGGCGGUACAUCAGAAUCAGAUGUGCAGCAUUCUUGGAAAGAAGUGACUGUAAAAGUAGUUCCGGCUAUUACAGAUGCUGAGUUCUAUGCGGCCGUAUUUGGAGCUUUAGCAUUUUUUAUACUCGUCUACAUAUUCUGCCUGGUUAUCUGCUGUUUCAUCUCUUUCAGGAGGCGUAGAGCGCUUACAUCUUCUGUGCCCUCAAGUAAUGCUGUAACCAUCACUUGUAUUAGUAACUAUGGAACUACAUCAGAUACCGAAACUCCAGGUUCUUUGAACUUCUGUUCAGUUUCAAUUAAGAGUGAGAGCAGUGGAGAUACGGAUUCGUCAAAUGGGCUACAUGAUGUGGUGGAUGGUCGACGUGGUUCCCGAGUUUCUAUCGACGAAGCCGAUAUAGACAAGCUUCCAGAAGUUAAUCAUGAUAAGAACGUUGUAAGAACCAAGACUGUUCUUUACGUUUCGGAUUUAGCGAGGAAGAAAGACAAAUACCUGAGUGAAAGAACCAAAGUUUUUUCAUGGAAUUUGGUUACUAUUGCUAUUUUUUAUGGAUUACCGGUUGUUCAACUCGUCUAUAUCAAUCAGAGGAUUGUACUUAUGACGGGGAAUCAAGAUGUUUGCUACUACAAUUUCUUGUGUUCUCACCAAGCAUACGGUAUCAGCGACUUCAAUCAUUUCUACAGCAAUAUCGGCUAUGUGAUGCUCGGAAUUCUCUUCCUUCUGCUUGUUUGGAGAAGAGAAAGUUUACUUGGUGACUGGGAUGCGAAUCUUCCUUUGGAAGAGUCGACCGGAAUACCUCAUCAUUUUGGUCUUAUGUACGCUAUGGGCUGGGCCCUCAUCAUGGAAGGCGUGCUGAGCGCUAGUUAUCACAUUUGUCCCAACAGAGCCAAUUUCCAAUUUGAUACAGCUUUUAUGUAUGUCAUAGCAACGGUAUGCAUGCUGAAACUGUAUCAAGCGAGGCAUCCAGACAUUACAGCUAGAUCUCAUACUACAUGGAUGAUACUUUCCAUAGUCAUUGUUUUAAGCGUUGGUGGAAUGUUGAAGGGUGGUUUAUUUGUUUGGUUGGUUUUCGUCUUCGUGCAUUUAACUGUUACGGCAAUCGUCAGCGCUAAAAUUUAUUACAUGGGACGUGUCAAAAUCAAUAAAGGAAUUUUCAAGCAAAUGCAUCACGCUGCAAUAAGAGAUAUAGCUGCGAAAUCUUACAAGCCUACAUAUCCGGGUCGUUUUGUCGCGCUCAGCAUAGCGGUUCUCUUUAACAUUGCUGUAGAUCUGUAUGGACUUAUAAGGCAGCCAGCAAACUUCGGAAGCUUUCUGUUGAGUGUUUUCAUCAUGAACUUGAUGAUUUAUCUGGUAUAUUACACUGCGAUGAAAAUCUGGUACAAAGAAGGCCUACGAUGGGUUCCCAUUAUGUACAUGAUUCUGUCAUUCAUCUGUUGGGGUGUUGCUCUACAUUUCUUUUUAGCAAAGAUCACCUCGUGGCAGGUAACUCCUGCUGAAUCCAGGGAGAGAAAUAAGCACUGCCUUAUCUUGAACUUUUUUGAUCACCACGACAUUUGGCAUUUUCUUUCUAGUUGCGCAUUAUUCUUCUCAUUUAUGGUUUUAUUUACACUGGACGAUGAUCUAGUGAACACCAAAAGAUCGGCAAUAAUUGUAUUUUAAAUGUUGCGGAUUGUUGUAUAUUUGUAAAUGUAAUUAAUUUGUUUUCAAUAAAUAUUUCGUUAAACCUCAGGAA